AUGACUGCAAUUUCUACCAUACAGUCGUUCGAGUACAAGCUUUUGCGGGCACAUCUUGACUGCGACAAGAGGUGGCGUCUGACAAACGACUUUACUGGCUUGCCUAUCUUCCUGGCAGACUCACAUCCAGUGAAUUUACUAGCUGUUCUAAAUGCAGUAGAACCGAGUGUCUACACCUUUCUUACUAGCCUCUUUAAUUGGAAAGGGUUCUACCGCGAAUGGUGUCAGACAACGAACAUCGCUGGUUUUUCUGUUUCAUCAUUUGCCGAGAUAAAGCAUCGGUCAAAGCUAAUGCGGGCCAUUCGCCCCACAAGGACGAAGAUUCCUCAAGGCAGAAUGGAGAAGAGGGCGACAACGAGGAACAAGACGAAUGUAUUGAAGCUGGUUGGUGUUACGGGGGAGAAGAGAACGACAAAUGGAAUGACGCCAUUCAUAAGGGGAUGGUGUGGCAAAAUGGUCGAGUAG